AUGGAUGUUCCUACCAGAUGGAACUCCACUUAUUCAAUGCUUGAAGCUGUAUUAGAUUUGAAAACUGCAUUCCACCGUUUAGAGCAAAUUAGCAAACAAUAUAAGCACAAUCCUUCUGAGGAUGAGUGGAAUGUAGCAAAUGUGAUUUGUGGGUGCUUGAAGAGUUUUUUUGAUGCUACAUCUCACUUUAGUGGUACCACUUUUCCUACUUCAAAUGCGUUUUUUCCCGAUAUUUGUCUUAUUCAACAUGAAAUGAAAAAAUGGGAGCAAAGUGAGUAUGAUUGCAUUCAAUUGAUGGCUAGUCCAAUGAGAGUGAAAUUUCAAAAAUAUUGGGAAGAAUGUUCUUUGGUGUUAGCAAUUGCAGUGGUUCUUGAUCAGAGAUUUAAAAUGGACUUGGUGGAAUAUUACUUUGGGCUUGUUUAUGGUGCUGAUGCUAAUAAGCAUAUCCAGAGGGUCCGUAAUGGUUUUGUUGAUCUUUUUUAUGAGUAUAGGAGUGAUUCUUUUGAUUCUAUGAGUAGCAUUGCACUUGUUUCUGAAAAUAGUAGCUUAAGUAGUAGUCAAUUGCUUGUCGGUUCUUCGAAACAAGAAAGUUUGGCUGCUUUUCAUGCUUGUGGUGGAAAGUGA